AAAUUUACACGGCGCCGCAGAGGGGAACUUUUCAGCGAAAAUAAUGAAGUAAUUCCCUGAGGAUGGAAGCUCGUUUCUGGCCGUUUAAUCGUUGUUUCUCGAUGUUUUAGGCUUUAAGAAAUCUGCAUGAGAUCGUUAUGCCAUCUCUUGAGAACUAUAUUCAGAAGAUUCAUAAAAAACUGAACAAUGAAGGACUCGAAGAACGAAAGAUAAAAAAAUAUCUUGAAGAACUUGAUCGGCUACAAAUCACUCUGGAUGUUUUGAAGUCAACUGGGAUUGGAAGGGCUGUGAAUCGUCUCCGAAAACGAGGUAGUGACAUUGGUGACAUUGCUUCCUAUCUUGUGACAAAAUGGAAAGAUCUUUUGAAACAAGAUAAGGACACAAAAAUUUCACCACCUGAUGUUGAUGAAAAAGAUCUACUUGCCUCUUGUGGUCCCACAGCAACUGAAUCAAAAGUGGAUCUUCUCAACAACAAACAUCACAAGUCCAAUCACAGAAAUGGAGAAGUUAACCCAAAGACACGGCCAACACCACAACUCUGUGAUGUAUCAUUUGGAUGUGAACCUGUUAAUGUGAAACCAAAGAAAAAACCUUCAUCAUCAGCUGGUACAGCAACAAAAUUGUCAUCACAUGAUGUGAGAACAAAUGGACUGGAGCUUCCACCUCUGCCAUCAUCAUUUUCAGUCAACAACUCACUGUUGCCAGAUAUCCAGCCAACUUAUAAACCAACAAGACUACCUGAAUUCUCAGAUGGUUCACCUAAAAAGCAUAGGGGGAGAGUAACUGGUGAGGUUGAUGAGCUUGCACUCAUGUCCAGAAAAUCACGCACUCAAGUAUUCUCUGGACGAAAAGUGGCAACUACUGUUACAAAUGUGUCAUCUCUGUUUGAGUUGUCAAUAAAGAGCUUGAUUGAGAACAUUGAUGCUCUCAGUGAAACUGGUGGAGUUCCUUAUAAUAUUCUUCACCCUGUUCUCGAAAGGUGUUCUCCACAGCAACUCUUGCAUUUGGAAGAAUGCAACCCAUACUUCAUUGAUGAUACUGACCCACUUUGGGAGAGGCACUGCUGCAGAGAAUUCAAAGGAACAAAACCAAAAUCAGGGCAGAGCUGGAGAGAACUGUACAUGCAAAAUGAAAGUGAAAGAGAAGUGAGGCUAAAAAAAAUACAUGCAAAAAUAAGUGCCAAUCAAGCAGCAAAAACACCUGAACGGCAGAUCAAACUUGCCUAUGUUGAAUCAGAAGCCAAACCUCCUCGGGAGGUGCUAAGAAAGCAGGCUAGAUUUGGGACUGGCUCCAGAAAUCAUGCUGGAAAACAUAUGGCCCCUCCCAUAGCAAGGGCUCCACAGGGACACCAAAGGAACCACAGUGCUUCACCAACCAAAAAGCAUGCAUUACCAGCACCGAUGAUGAAAAAGACAAUGAAACUCUUCAAAAACCAGAGGAGCAGAGCGGCAACCAGCAUUAAGCGGAGGUAGCAUUUCUGUUACAGUAACAAUGAUUUCAUUUUGAUUAGACUAUUUGACUUGUAAUCCUCAAACAGUAAUAAGGACAUGAGAUAUUUUCUGUGAAAUUUUGGUUCUUUUUCUCACUGACCUGCAGUUUAAACAGAAGUAAGUUCCAGAGGUCAUACAAUUUCAGUCGCGGCCAUUAAGAAUUUGAUAUAAUUAUUUACCACUAAAUGGAUAUUGAAAUUCAAAAUAGUAACUUUACAAGUUCAAAACUACCUUUAUAUGUGCUGAAAGUCUGACUUUGAACUCUGCCUCUGUAAGGUGGGCCUACAUAAAGGAUUCAGCUUAAGUCCUUGUGCUGAUUUUUACAGGAAAAUCACUAUUUGAGUGUGAAUGCCACUUUGUGUAGCUUUUUCUUGUUCAAGUAGAUCCUAAAGAAAUGCAUUGUGUUACUUGUGCCAAGAAAUAUUCAAAGUGGCAAGCAUUAUACUUGGAUUUUUAGAACAUUUGAGGAAAUUUUUGAAUGGUUGGCUCAGGUCAGUUGGAAUCUAAACAUAAAAUCAGUGGAUUAGUUCCAUAAAUACUUUUUAAGAGGUGAGAUGAAAAUGACUUGGAUUCUGGAGCAUAAAUCCUUCAAUAAGGGCGAGGGUAUAGACUUAGAAGUAAUAAACAUGUAACGUCUCCCUAUAAUAUCCAUCCAUUAUCCUUCAAACUGGUAAUGAGAAUAUUCA